UCUCAAAGGGGGCUGUUUGUUGCGGAUGAGCUGAGGAAGAACACCAAAAACUUCGGGAUUAAUGCUGUGAGAUGAGUACGCCGUUAUACCCGUAUAUACAGCACCGAUAGCGAGAACCUCGAAUAGACGAUGCCAAGGCUAAUUAAUAUUUAAUUUAUGCAUAAUAUCCAAGAUUUUGUAAUAUCAAGCACGAAAGAUAUCCGAGACCUCGAUCUGACUGCCAAGCUACCUGUCAUACCCUCGUAUGCACAGUAGUUGCGCACGUAAAGGGAUGCCAAGGCGGUGCGGGUAGUUGGGAAUACGGUUGACUGUACUCAGCAGAACGGUCCCGCGUAACCGGCUUUUGUUCUCCUCAUUUAUAAACUUCUAGGCGAUCAUCUACUUCCCUUGGCCGAGGGGUGCCCCAUGGACCCCCAAACUCCCCGUGGGAACCCCGUGGGAACCCCGUACUCUAUUUACCAAUGGACAUAUCUCCAAUAUUAACUCCGCAUCCCGAGACACCGGGUGGCGGCCAAGGGGUUCAGAUAACGAACCUGUGCGACAUGCUUAUACCCCGUGCGGCUUUUAUAAGUCUAGACUGUACCUUCAUGCGUCCUGGGUAGACAUCCGACCUGCUUCCCAAACUUUGGGGCUCCGGUAUUCAGAAACUCAACAAUCACAGAGCGGGUAAAAAUAUAGAGUAUUGUUAUUUUUCUAGGUUAAGAUCAGUUCUGAUGGGUGACCAAAUGACAGUUACCGCUCUUGCGGAUAUCAUCAAGACGCAAGCUGAGAUUCUCGAGACCAGCCUGCCGCGUCAUGCUUACACUGAUUAUCAUGGCGAUAAAAGCCUCAGCAUCGCGAGGUCGAAACUCCUCGAAGCCUGCGAUAAGUUGAACCAUCUGGUAACUGGUCCUAUUGAAUAUGUAAUGGGCAUCGCGCAAGGUCACCGUGUUCACGCAGCACUGCAGUAUGUUUGCCACUUCCGGUUAGCAUCUUUUGUUCCUGCGGACGGCACGCCCAUAACAUACGAGGACCUAGCCCGGGCGGCCGGUGUUGAUACCUCGCAGUGCACGAGGGUAUUACAGCUUCUCAUGACGUACCAUAUUUUCCGCGAACCAGGUACCCGUAUCGUCGCGCAUAACCGCAACUCCCGUGUUCUGCUCGACGAGGAUACCGGUGCUGCCGUCGAAUGGCUGACCCAGGAGUCUCUUCGGUCUAGCGCUUUCUUCACCGAGACUCGGGCUAUGAGCCGAAGAUGGUCUACUGGUACGGCUGGUGGUAGUAGUAACGAUAUCGCUGCUCCUGCCAUCGUUCAAGGUGUGAUGAGUAGUGCUCAACAACAGACGGCACUUGACCUCGCAUGCGCUGGUAUUGAACAACCCACGACCGGUUUCCUCGCGCAGCAGCGUAUGAAUACCGAGACCUCUAUGAAAGCGGACCGGUACGCGCGUGCGAUGGCGGGUAUGGCCAAGCGGCGGCAGCUCAGUGUGGAUCACCUGGUGUCUGGGUAUGAUUGGGAUGCGCUUCCGCCUGGCUCAACCGUCGUCGACGUGGGCGGGGGCAGCGGACACUGCUCGAAAGCAAUCGCGUCCUACAGCCCUACGCUGAACUUUGUCGUACAGGAUUCAAACACCGCCCUCGCCGAGGAGGUCGACGUAGAGGAGUUAGGAGACCGCCUGAAGUUCAUGGCGUACGACUUCUUCAAGCCGCAGACCAUUUCGGGAGAUGUCUACCUCUUGAGGCGCAUAUUGCACCACUACUCAGACCAAGAUGCAGUGCGUAUCUUGCAAGCGCAGUUAUGUGGUGCAAGAAGUAAGCCUGAUGCCAGAAUCGUGGUUAUGGAUAAUAUCGCGAUACAUAGCGGCACGCUGAGCACGCUUGAAGAACGCAAAACUAGGACCCUUGAUAUUGCGAUGAUGGCUCUUUUCAAUAGCGUAGAGCGUAACCUCGGCGACUGGAAAGAGCUAUUCAAGAUGGCCGACCCCAAAUUAAAACUUGUCAAAGUCACGAAGCCGCUCGGAAGUGCCCUGGCUGUGAUGGAGCUUCGGUUGGAGCAGACCUAGCUGUUCUUCUCCUGUCUUAUAUGAGCUUGUUUCCUUAGGGCUAUCUUUAAGCGUGGGCGUAUCUGUUAUUGACACGAGGUAUGGGUGUCUACAUACUCGAGGUCGGGAGAUAAGGCAGUGAGGGCUCUUUACAGUCAUUAUAGGCGUGGAAGAUCAAACGGUUUCCAUGGGAACAUCCAGAUUGAUUUAAAUACUAUUAAUGUCUGCUUCCUCCUGUAUUAGCAGUUAAGUAACUAAUGAUUGACUUUGCUUGCUAUUGACUCUGAAAGGGAUUUAAUUUUAUUUAUUUAUUCCUAGCAUGCUCUGCUUAGGUA